AUGUUGACACUUGUACGCAAACUUUUCACCAACGCGGACCGCGAAAAGGAGUUUCUCAUGGAGCGUUUGGAGCAGGAGAAUCGCUUCUUGGAUCAAAAGCUACUGGAAGAGGAGAUCGACCGCCGGCAACAGGCAAAUCCAUCCGAAAUGGAUGGUGUUAUUACCAACCAGAUGGGUCAACUCACACGGGCAUUAUCAAAUAUGGACAUAAACAAGGAGAGUACCUGUUCGUCCAGAAAGGGAGUAAUCACCAGUUUGACCAGCAACAGCGGAGCCAUCGAUAAGGCCUAUUUCUUCGAUAGUAAGGUAGCAGAGGAUAUCUUCCUGGAUUUGCACGUCGGUUGUGUGGUGGAAUAUUUGACCUUUCAGAAGGAGCACGAGGAAAACUUACGCGUGGUCAAGGUGAAGGGCAUCCUGGAGCACAACUGGGAGGAUACAAAUCAAACCCAGAUCGAGGAAGCUCUGGACAAACUGAAGGACGAAAAGCCCACCUACUUCAACACCCAAAUAAGGAGCGUGCUUGGGCUGAUUCAACAGCGCCUGGCAUCCUCAAUUGACAUCGAGACGGAAUACGGACUACUCACCGUCGAGCUGGAUAACAUUGAGCUGUCUUUCAUUCCCAAGAAGGGGGAUCGAGUGCGCCUGGAGUGCAGCAUCCAGCUGGACGAUGGUUUCGUGGACAAACAGGGAGAAAUUCUGCAGGUGACCAAGGUGUUUCCAACGCGAAUCGAGCAGGCUGAGAAGUGUUUGGUGGAGCGCGUGUUCACUGAUCUGGUUGUUCUGGGUCCGGAGAUCUACGUCUUAAAAACGGACGUGCCUACGGGUACAGACCUUCACUUGGGAGACUUUGUGCUCGCCGAUCUCAUCGAGUGUCAGUAUUCAAAAUUCACCAGACGCGCCAUUAAACUUACUCCGCUGGAGAAGAACUUCGGCGAAACGAGGGUGAGAUCUCAGAAUGGCUUUAGCUCUUCAACCAAUGGGCAGGCAGUCUCGGUAACAGGUGCAACCCGCUUCAUCACUACAGAGCUCUGGCAGAAACACACUAUUUCGCUGAACCUGAAAAACAAUCUGAAUAGGAAUAUCCGCCUUGAGAGCAUUGUUGUCUUAAACGACAGUGAAUCCCAGUUGAGCGUAAAGACACCCCUUGAACCUGUGGACAUUGUUGUUGGCGGCGACAUAACAAUUGUCUUCGAGAUCCACACCCAGUUUAUGGGCGAAGCGAACGAGAAAUACGAGCUGAAUUUCGAUCGUUUCAAAGUUAAGCGCUCAUUCACAGUGAUAGUUUGCGAAACCAAAGAGGAAGCCGCCGAGGCUGAAAAGCGAAUAAUAGCCGCCGACAGUCUCGUAGCAACUGGACGUACGAUUCACCAGAGAUCCCGCUUUUAUGCUAACCAAGUUUGGUGCAACAAGGUGGAUGUGGUUCCGGGCGAAUCCAUUACCCCCAAGCGCAGAUUUUUGGCCCUGCGUUUGGGUUUUUUUGAGGUCCCUGAGAAGUUGCGAAAAAUGUAUUUGACCGUUGAACGGCGACAGGAACUGUGCGACACCAUCGAGCAGCAUUAUCCCAGCAUCAAAAAUCCCCUGGACUUCCAAAACUAUGUGCAGCGUUUGGGUUUAUUCCUGCACCUGGAGGAGAUCGAGUGCUUUGUGAGCUUCCGAAACUAUGAUAGAGAUCGAGCGCAUUUCGUGCGGGACGGGGAGUACCUCGCGUUGCAGAUCGAAAAUCUGGCCGAGCGUCGUCCAUCGCUGGUCGUGGGCGAUGUUGUGCGCACUAUAAAUCCCUGGGUGGAUGCCAAUUCCCGGGAAAACAAAACAUACGAGGGUGUUAUCCACAAGGUGCUCUUCAAUCGCGUCCUGCUCAAAUUCAACGCCAGUUUCCAGCAGAAAUACAAUGGAGAGGAUUACCGGCUUGAGUUUUAUUUCUCCCGAUUCGGUUUUCGCAAGCAGCACCAUGCCGUCUCGCAGAUUAGGAGCGUCAUGGGCGAGCAAUUUCUGUUUCCCAGUAAGGUAACCAAGCGCGAGAAUCCCCAGCUGGAGGUGAGGAUGGUGGAUGAUGAUAUGUACCUGUACGAUUCGAAAUUGCCGUGGUACAAUCCUUCGCUCAAUAUCAUCCAGAAGCGAGCUGUUUAUAAUAUCUUAAGGGGAGAUGCAGAGGACAUUCCUUAUGUGAUAUUUGGGCCACCUGGCACUGGAAAAACUGUGACGCUUGUCGAGACCAUACUGCAGUUGGUGCGGAAUCUACCAGGUGCUCGGAUACUAGUGGGAACGCCAUCUAAUAGCUCCGCGAAUUUGGUGACCAAGCGACUCGUCGAUUGUAAUGUCCUGCUGCAGGGAGAUUUUAUUCGUCUUGUGUCGCACAACCAAGUGGAAAAGGAUUUAAUUCCUCCCGAACUAAUGAGCUACUGUGCCACCGUGGACCUUGGAAUGGAUGGCUCGUGCGAGGACAGUAUGGUGACCACUGAUUCGGGGCUGAAGCUGCGCUGCCAGAUGAAGUUCAUAGGCAGCCACCGAAUCACCAUCUCCACGUGCUCCACUUUGGGAAACUUCCUGACGAUGGGUUUUCCGUCGGGGCACUUUACCCACGCACUUUUCGAUGAAGCGGGUCAAUGCACCGAACCGGAGACAAUGGUGCCCAUUGUAUUGCUCACAAAAAAACGCAGUCAAGUCGUUCUGGCUGGAGAUCCUCGCCAGCUGCAGGCUAUUGUGGUCAAUAAGUUUGCGGGCGAAAGUGGAUUCUCCUUAUCCUUCCUGGAGCGAUUGCUGGAACGUUCGCCCUAUCGAAAGGAUCUUCAGCGAUAUCCCAAUACCGCGGGCUACAAUCCGGCGGUCCUGACCAAAUUAUUGUACAACUACCGAGCAUUGCCAUCGAUUAUGAGUACUUAUAGCAAGCUCUUCUACGACGACGAACUGAUAUCAAUGGUCUCCGAAAAGGAUUCAAGGGAAUCUAAACUACUUUCCAAACUACGUGUGGUUUUCGAGCCAGAAAAAGAUAUGCCCCAGGCGCAUGGCACGUUCUUCUUUGGAAUCACUGGGGAGAAUAGGCAGGAAGCUGAUUCCCCUUCCUGGUUUAAUUCGCAAGAAGUAACGGAGGUGUUCCUCAUGACAAUUGCCUUGUAUCGCGCCAAUGUGACUCCGGAACAGAUCGGGAUACUCACACCUUAUUUGAAGCAGGUGAAGAUGCUCCGGAACAUGUUCAUUGGCACUGACGUGGCCAUGCCAAAGAUUGGUACCGUCGAGGAGUUUCAGGGACAGGAACGUGACAUUAUGCUGAUUUCCACAGUACGCUCGACGGAGUCGAUCUUGCGAAUGGACGCCCGUUUAUCCUUGGGAUUUGUUGGCUGUAACAAACGUAUGAACGUGGCCAUUUCCCGGGCUCGCGCCAUGAUGAUCGUCUUUGGGAAUCCUUAUCUCCUUGCCGUCGACCCAUGUUGGCGACAACUGAUCCUGUUUUGUGCUAACAACAACGCCUACUUUGGAUGUGACUUACCACAAUCUGUCGUAAAUCAGGACGAUGGAGAUAUAGGCACAUUCGUGCCCUAACAUAAUCACCAAAUGUUCUUAAGACUAAAUGACAAAAUGUAUUCUCUGCAUUCAGAGUGCUACUUAUUAGACAAUAAAUGUAUUCCAAUUGUGUUGGAUUCAACUGAA